AUGUCCGGCUCCAAAAGCGUGAGCCCCCCGGGCUACGCGGCGCAGACAGCGGCGGCGCCGGCGUCCCGGGGAGGCCCGGAACACCGCUCGGCGUGGGGGGAAGCGGAUUCCCGCGCCAAUGGCUACCCUCACGCCCCUGGGGGUUCGACCCGCGGCUGCACCAAGAAACCCGGGGGGGCGGUGACCCCGCAGCAGCAGCAGCAGCAGCGCCUGGCCAACCGCUGGCGCAGCGACGACGACGACGAUCCUCCGCUGAGUGGCGACGACCCCCUGGCCGGGGGCUUCGGCUUCAGCUUCCGCUCCAAGUCGGCUUGGCAGGAGCGCGGCGGCGACGACUGUGGUCGCGGCAGCCGCCGGCAGCGGCGGGGCGCGGGCCGCGCGGUGGACGAGCUGGAGGCCGGCGCCGUCGAGGGCGACGAAGGGUCGGGGGAUGGCGGCAGCUCGGCAGAAUCCGGCGCGGGGCCCGGCGCAGUGCUGUCGCUGGGUGCCUGCUGCCUGGCGCUGCUGCAGAUAUUCCGCUCCAAGAAGUUCCCGUCGGACAAGCUGGAGCGUCUGUACCAGCGCUACUUCUUCCGUCUGAACCAGAGCAGCCUCACCAUGCUCAUGGCCGUGCUGGUGCUCGUGUGCCUCGUCAUGCUGGCCUUCCACGCGGCGCGGCCCCCGCUCCAGCUGCCCUACCUGGCAGUGCUGGCGGCUGCGAUAGGUGUCAUCCUCGUCAUGGCUGUGCUCUGCAACCGCGCCGCCUUCCACCAGGACCACAUGGGCCUGGCCUGCUACGCGCUCAUCGCCGUGGUGCUGGCCGUCCAGGUGGUGGGCCUGCUGCUGCCCCAGCCGCGCAGCGCCUCCGAGGGCAUCUGGUGGACCGUGUUCUUCAUCUACACCAUCUACACGUUGCUGCCUGUGCGCAUGCGGGCCGCGGUACUCAGCGGAGUGCUCCUGUCGGCCCUCCACCUGGCCAUCGCCCUGCGCACCAACGCCCAGGACCAGUUCCUGCUCAAGCAGCUUGUCUCCAAUGUCCUCAUUUUCUCCUGCACCAACAUCGUGGGUGUCUGCACCCACUACCCAGCUGAGGUCUCCCAGAGACAGGCCUUCCAGGAGACCCGGGAGUGCAUCCAGGCACGACUCCACUCACAACGGGAGAACCAGCAACAGGAGCGGCUCCUGCUGUCUGUCCUCCCCCGUCAUGUUGCCAUGGAGAUGAAAGCAGACAUCAAUGCCAAGCAGGAGGAUAUGAUGUUCCAUAAGAUUUACAUCCAGAAACAUGACAACGUGAGAUACCUGCCUCUCCUGCAGCCGGCAGUGUGA